AGGUGGAUUGGUUAGGCUGACGAUUAGCAACAAACAGAAGGUUACGAGUUUAAAUUUUUGGAUUAUUUGUCACACAGACUGGAUUUUUGUCAUCGUGAGUGUCACGAUCCACGUCGAGUGUCUAUGAUGCGAUAUUUGGCCCGCUUUGGAGGCGGCCCCGGGGCGAUCUGAAACAUGAGUGCAUAUCGCGGAGACAACCUCGCUUUUAGGUCGUUUCAAGCGGCGAUGCUGAGCUGAGAGCUGCGUCAUCAUGUUGCUUCCGACCCGAGUUGGGCAAAAGAAAUCUCAAGUUAAAGCCAGGGGUAAAUCUGUUCACCGCCAGCCAGCGUUGGAGACCACUCCCGAGUCCUGAAAUAGAUGGGAAAUGGGCUACCUUUGAGAGAGGAGCGCUGGAGCCUUAGCGCAGCGAAACUAGUGACUUUCUUGUCCCUUGGCUGUUGGCGCGAUAUUUCCCUGGGUGAAUUUAUUAUCUACACUUGGCUGGACAUACAUAAAUAUUCUAAAGGACAAUAACCACUAAAUUACCACAUCAUGUUCCAAAAGGCCUUCUGAAAACUUGGUGUGUAUGAGUUUUGACAUUGAAGUACAGCGGUUUCGAAAUGAUGCUUUGACAGUGUCCAGUGUAGGCCUGCGUAAAGAGAUGUAGCAAUUUGAUUGUUUACGAUGGCCAUAACGACAAGCGUCAACACUGAAAUAUAAGUGAUAAUAUGGAAGGACACUAACUCAAUGGCCUUUUAAUAGUACAUUAGUUGGACUACUAAACAAUGUAUAAUGCAAAUUGUUGUUAGGUGUGUAAUCUGUUGCGUCCUGUCAUUGCAGGCACGUGGACUUUGUUUCAGAAUGGUGCACAAAGUUUUGGUGGGGUGCUCCCUGCUGCAAGGGUCCCACUAAUCUGAAGGUGUCAAUUACUGCUGCUCGAGAGAGACUCGCUCCUAUAUAGGUGAAUUGACUGUAUUUUAGUCUAAAUCAAGCGCUUUGCAAAUGGCUGGUGACUGCACCCAUAGCAACGCUCAGUACGCGCACACGGAGAGGUUUUGUCCGUCCAAAUCCUGGUCAGACACGGACCGGGAGAUGGAGGCAUCCGAAAACUCGGAAGGGCGUGGGCGCGCGGCGCGUUUGCUGCCACACUUUGAAGUAAUUGAUGGACUGCUGUACCGCAAAAAACUUGAGAGAGGAUUUAUAAAUUACCGAGAGGUAUUGGAUGAAGACCGGCGACAAGAAGCCAUUGGCACGUUUCACCGGCGACGUCCAGACCAGCGCCACCUCUCCUUGGAGGACACUUACAAAAGUGUGGCUGAUAACUACUGGUGGGAUGGGAUGUAUUUUCACAUCAAAGACUUUGUCCUAAACUGCCCCGAAUGCAAAAGGCAGUGCAACAAGAAACAUGGACUGGAGAGCAGAACACGUGUCACCAAAACCAUGGCGUCAUACAGCAGUGAGCUGCUGAGCAGGCUGAAGAGUCAGAGGGACGCUGGACUCUUCUGUGACAUCACUCUGCGCACCAGCGGCCGCUCUUACUCUGCACACAGAGCAGUUCUAGCAGCUGUCAGUGACCACUUCCAGGAAAUUUUCAACGAGAUGGAUUCCAGUACCAAAGCUGACGUAGAUCUGACUGGUUUCAGUGAGGACAGCCUUGUGUCACUGCUGGAGUUCUCAUACUCCUCCACCCUAUCUGUUCGAAAGGAGGAUCUCCCUGAGGUGGUCACACUGGCUCGUCACUUGGGCAUGUGGCCUGCAGUGGAGGCCUGCAGUGCCCUCAUGAAAGAACAGGAACGGCCACCUUUCAUACACCACACCCCCCUCCGUCCAUGUAGAAACCUGACCUUUGGCAGUCCCUGUCAAGAGCAGAACUUCUUGCUUCGAGAGGGCCGGAGAAAAAGAGGCUUUGGUUUCCAUGACAGCCUGGAUGACAGCUUCUCUCUGACACUGGAGGCAUCAGACGAGUCAACAGAAAUCAGUCCAAGGCGCAUUUUACGUCAAACCCCAAAACGCCAAGGCCAUAAUGGCCUCCCUUUGAGUACAUCUCCAAGAAUGAAACUUAUGGACUUUAAGUCCCCUUCGUCAAAGAAGCCAACUUAUUCACCAGUGUCUCCUCCACACACUCGUCUUCUCCGGUCCACUCCAGGAGCUGCUAAAGAGCUUCAGAGGCUGCUGCCACAGUCUGACAGCUCUUCGCGAUACAAGAAAACUCACUCAAGCCCUCAGCGCUCAAGCUCUUCUAGAACUAAGCCUAGUGCUGUCUGCAGCCCAGUGAGAGUGAAGCAGGAGGCCCCUGAUGUCGGAGAAGAUGAGGAGGAUUACGAACGAGCACAAGAGAAGUACCAACUGAUGCAUGUUCUGGGGCUACAGAGGACUGCUCUCCUGCCCAGACCAGAAGAUCUGGUUGGAUGGAGACAAAAGAAAAGGCUAAGGAAACUGAAAGCCAACAAUUAUUCACUAACCAAAAGAAGGAAACCCCGUAUCUCAACACCAGUACUACCUUAUAAGGGUGUGACACUGGCACUUCCUCUCUGUAACCCGGUUAAUGUUCACCUCCUCCGUAAAACAGGGAAGAGCAUGUCUGCUAGUCAAAUCACAGCACGUGAAAUGAAUGUCAAGAAAACAAAAGGCCCCCCACGGCGUGUUCCCCCCAGUGACAGGAGCAUGCGGAGUAAAGGAGUAGUACCUGAUGUAUUCCAGCCCCCUUCGAGGCUCUCCUGUGGAAUGCGGGAGCUGAGGGAGCUGGUCAGGAAAGGUGAGGGGACACAUCUGCGCUCUCAAAGGCCACUGAGACAUAACACCCCUAAAAUAACAGCCAAACAUUCAGUCAGGAUCAAACCAGAACCAGCAGAAUACUCCAUCUCAGGUGUGUCUCAUACUACCCCGCCUUCACAGAGGACACAAGCCAAAUGUAAGGGGGCAGAUGCUGUCAGAACGCCUCGCUACAACAGCAGUCGGCCCUCACAGAAGACGAAGCUUAGACAGGAAUCCACUAGAGGGCCAAAGACAAACGGUAAAGCUAUAGAUGAAGUCAAGAAUAAUGAAGCUGGUGGACGAAUGCCUGAGAAUACACCCACUUCCAUCUACAAUCAUGCACUGUAUAAAGUAAUUAAGGAGGAGCCAGCAGAACCCAUCCCAGUGGGCCAGUUCUGUGAUCCUCCUUCUCCGGACCUUGGCAAACGCCAAAGCAAGCCCCCCAUCAAACUGCUAGACUCUGGCUUUCUGUUCAGUUUCUGCCGGUCUCCAGGGGGACCGAUGGGACUGAAGAAGGAGGAGGAGAGCGUGGACAUCUGCCUCACCCGCUCAGUGGCUCGGUUCAGAGGAGAGGAGUCCCAUAGAGCUCUGAGAGCCAGAGCACCCCCACCAGCAUCCACAGUGAAGAGAGAGAGAGUGGAGAGGAGGACAAACCAGCGAGACCGAGCAAAUGCAAGAAAAGUGCACAAACUGCCUGCAUCUGCUGUGCCAAAGGUCACACUCAACAUCUCAAAGAAAGGCAAUGUGACGUUGAGCAGAAGGAACUGCGUCAUAUUGGACUCUGUGCACAGAGCCAGACUAAAGCAGCUUCGAGGGCCACGUAGCCAAGCCCCCAAAGCCCCAAAGUCUGCCCAUGUGUGCCCCCAGUGCCCUUCCUCCUACAGGGACUGUGACGCGCUCAUGACUCACCGACUCAGGCACAUUGAAGGCAAGCACUGGCCAUGUCCGCUCUGCAGUAAGACGUUCUUUAGACUGAGAAACGUCCGAAACCACAUCCGCACUCAUGACCCCAAACUGUACAAGUGCCGGAGCUGCAUAGCUGCUGGUUCCUGUGGCUGAUUCAAACCUGCUGAAGGUUGAAGACGGGGUGACACUGGACUACAGUGUGGAGGGGAAGGCACUGGAUGGACCUGCUGCAUGUACAUAAUGCAUCUGUCCCACAAGCACAAUGGUCUGUGGAAAGACAUAAUCUAACCUGUAUUUUAAUCAUUGCUGCUGUCAAUGAUCCCUAAUGUUAUUUAAAUAACCAAACAACGGUUGCUGUAGUUUGCAUUUCCGUAGCGUCAGAAGGUUAAACUUGAACUUUACACUCAGGGGGUUGGGAUGAGUUGCCACGGUGAUACAACCUCAUUGGUUGUGUAUAGAAUUUAAUGUAAAGUGAUUGUUAUAACUAUUACAGCUACUUAUUGUUAUUAUUUUUAUAUGUUUAGAUGAACUUUGAGUGCACUUACGUCAUAGCUUCUGUUGUAAACCUAAGAAGUGGUAAUGAACUGAAGGCUGUGUGUCAGGGUGUGUAUACUUGAAGUGAUGCAAAGAUGGGUGGGUAUACUUGAAAUCAGAGGAAUAGUUAGAUUUGAGUCUGUUCUUGGCGUGUUUAAGUCUCUGUCCUUUUGGUGUGCUCCUUUUUAAAUUAUUCCAACCCUUUCCUUCAUUUUGAACUGCUAGAGCCAAAAGACUUUUUGUUUAGGUGGAUUUGUGGAGUGGAGCUGGCAUGGUAACACUGCAUGUGUAAUUUGUAGACCAUUUUAGACCAUUGUCUUUUUCCAAGACUGCCAAUUUUUUAAAGGGAACUAUAUCUCAUUUUUAAUUAUGAAUUUCUGAAAUACAUAUUAAUCUAGUGUCCUUACAGAUGGCAUAAAGUUCUCCCUAUUCACUUUAAUCAAAGUUGGGGCGCUUCUGCCUCAGAUUCCCCUUCUACUGAAUAAAUGCAAUGUGUGCACAUAAAGAGAUGUUUUUGACAAAAUGAUUUUAGAAAAAUUAUCUUACUCCUGCUAUCUGUUAAAAUAUAAUAAAACUUUACCUUUUA